AUGGCGGAAUAUCAGAACAAAGCGGCAUGGCUACCAGGCGUAGGGAAGCAGGUCGAAAUCGGUCCUGCCGACAUCCCCGAACCGGGCCCAGAGGAACUUCUCAUCGAGGUCAAAGUGGUCGCUGCCCAGCCAGCAGAAUACAAGAUCCAAGAGGGAACACUCCCGUAUCAGCUGAAUUACCCCACUAUUAUUGGAAUAUCAUUUUCUGGCGUGGUCGUCAAAGUUGGCACGGAGGUCAGCCGCUUCAAGAAGGGCGACCGCAUCGUCACCAACAGCGCGGGAAGUAUCCGCAACGAUCCCCGAUUUGGAGCAUACCAGAAAUAUGCGGUUACCACGCAAGAAAUGACAGCGAAGAUUGGACAAGUGUCCUUCGAAGCUGCGGUAUCCAUCUCCAGCCUGGCCUAUCCUGCCAGUGCACUUUUCAUACACCUGCACCUUGAGAAGCCAGCAGAACAUCCCAACCCCGAGAACAAGAACAAGAAGGUGCUUAUCUGGGGCGCUUCUUCUUCUUUCGGCGCCUAUGCAACCUAUCUGGCUGCUAGAGCAGGUUACACAGUAGUGGGCGUUGCGUCUUCCAAGAAUGCGCAGCUUGUAAAGUCCUUCGGUGCUGUGCACUUUGUCGACAGGAAAUCACCGACAGUAACGCAAGAGCUUAUAGAUAUAGGACCUUUCGAGACCGUCUUGGCAGCUGCGGACGCUGCCCAGGAUCAGUCUGUGUUGGGAGCUGUUCUGGCUGCGCACGGAGGGGGUUCUUUUCUGUCGACAAUGGGCUUGCGGCCGGGUGUGGAGCUGCCCACUGGAGUUCAAGGAAACUUUGUGGCGAUUAUGGAUGUCUACCUUGACCCCAAGACACGCGACUUUACCACGUGGGUGUGGUGGGAUUUCUUGGAAAGGGAGCUCGCGACUGGGCGCCUGCAGCCUGUGCCCGUUCAUGUUCUCGGUGGCCUGGAUAUGGUGCAAGAGGCGUGGAAUCUGCUCAAGGCGGGGAAAAUCCCCGCCCAAAGAUGGACACACCUCACCCACCGCCGUCUCCAAGCCCUCCCCUCAACACUCACAUCCAACAACACGCUCCUCGCCGCCCCUCUACCUACUUACCUGACAACACCAAUCUUGCCCCGCUUCAAAGACUUGGGCAUCUUCCAGCACACGCCGCAUGGCCAACCGAAUCACGUUCUUGUCAAUGAGUAUAAGCCCGGUGAGGGCAUUAUGCCGCAUGAAGACGGUGGAGCGUACGCCGAGGUCGUUGCGACGGUUAGUCUGGGAGGGGGGUUGUGCUUGGACGUAAUGGAGAAGGGUGGGGAUGAGGGAGAGAACGAAGAUGGCGGAGAUGAACAUCACUCUCAGUCUCUGAACGCAGACGCAGACGGAGAAGAGCAGGAAACCAAAGAAAACAAACUCACCCUUCCAACCCGCAUCUUCCAGGAACCCCGCUCCCUACUCAUCACCACGGGGCGAGCCUACAGGGAGCUUAUGCAUGGAAUCUCUUCUAUCAACAUCGAUGAAGAUUUGAACGCCGAGACGGUGGCGAAUUGGAAGUUGUUGAGUGAAGAAGGCAGGAAAGGGGUUGAAGAGGAUAGCGGCAGGAAUGUGAGGGGGACGAGGGUGAGUCUGACGUAUAGGGACGUGAUCAAGGUUAGUAGGGCGGCGAGUAGGGUUUUGGGGGGGAUGGGCAGGCGGUAG